AUGGCUGGUGGUGCAGGAGAAGUCCCAGAUAGCGAGAAGGUACGCAUUGCAUGCGAUUUUCUGGAACAUGCCCCUCCUGGAGAGUUCAAUGAGGUUUUCAAUUCUGUUCGAAUGUUACUCAACAAUGACAAUCUUCUGAAAGAAAGAUGUGCCCCAGCUAUUGCUCAAUACAACACCAAACAAUUCGUCCCAGUUAAACUAGAUGGGGUAGAGAAACAAACACUUGUCACACCAUAUAAUGACUUAGGAAAUGGUAAAUUCUUUGAUGAUAACUCCAAGAAAAGUUUCAAAUACGAUCAUCUUCGAAAGGAAGCGAGUGACAUCCAACCUUAUCAAGGUGAAGCUGGUGCAAUUGAGUCAUGGAGGGCAGCUCUUCAAAAGGAACUUGAUCAUUACAUCGAUGAACACUUUUCGAAAUCUGGUGUUGGGUGUGUAUUUGUCCGUAAUGGCAAUAUCACUAUUUGCAUUGAAUCACAUCUUUUCCAACCAAAGAAUUUUUGCAAUGGAAGAUGGAGAUCAGAAUAUACUUUACCUGUAGGGGACGGAAAAGUUUCUAGUUUAGAGCUAUCGGGAAAAAUUAAAGUGCAGGUUCACUAUUAUGAAGAUGGUAAUGUUCAACUUUUCUCCGAGAAGGAAGUUAAGAGUUCAGUAAACGUGUCUUCUUCUGAUGUCGACAAAUCAGCCAGAGAUAUUCUUGCCGCUGUUUGCGAAGAAGAAGCGAACUAUCAGUUAUCUGUACAAGAGAACUAUACUUGUAUGUCUGAGAAUACUUUCAAAGCACUUCGUCGUCAGUUACCUGUGAUUCGCGCCAAGAUGGACUGGCAUAAGGUUCAAUCUUAUCGCAUCGGACAAGAGAUGAAGCCUCAAUAA